AAUAAUUGAUGCAAUGUGUUUCUCUGUAUACAUAUGCAAGUAAGAAAAAUGAAGUUGGAAAUACUGUACUGAAAUUCUACAGAGUCAAGUUUAGAAAUGAGUGAGAAAUAUCUGUUAUCUUCCAUGGGUUACGUCAUAUUUACUCAAUUUCAUCAGGGAGGCAAUACAGGAAGACGACUCGGGGCGACUCGAGCCUUCGGUCACAGACAUGAUCCGGCGAGCCAAGCGUCGAAAGCUGCUGGAUCGAGAGGCGAGCGUUCGGCUGGGAAUUAUGCGACAUGUUUUCAUCAUACUGGAUCUCUCUCAGGCGAUGGCAGAACAAGACUUGAAGCCAACACGUCAGAUCUGCACACUUAAGAUAUUAGAUGAAUUUAUCAGAGAGUUCCACGAUCAAAAUCCAAUUAGCCAGUUGGGUAUUAUUGCAACCCAGAAUAAAGUGGCUAAGAGACAUAGCGAAUUGAGCAAUAACCCUCAAAGACACUUAGAUUGUAUUAAGCGUCUUCAUGAGCUUCCAUGUCGAGGAGAGCCAUCGAUGCAGAAUUCCUUAGAAUAUGCCCUAUCUGCCUUGAGGCAUCUUCCACCACACACAUCUCGGGAAAUUCUUAUAAUAUACGCUGCCCUGACUACGUGUGACCCUGGAGAAAUAGAGGCCACCAUACAGAAAGUCAAAGAUUCCAACAUACGUGUUUCGGUAGUCGGCAUUUCUGCAGAGCUACAUGUCUGUAAAAUGAUAAGCAAGGACACAGGUGGGUCCUUUUCCGUCUCCAUCAACGACCUCCACCUGAAGGAGUUGAUUUUUGAGCACCUUGAGCCUCCUCCAGCGUCUGUCAAGAUGGACCACACUCUGAUCAAGGUCGGCUUCCCCCAUCAAGUUAAUACUGAUGCCAGGCCUGCACUCUGCAUGUGUCACCUUGAUGAUCUACCUCCUCUGAACACGCGUGGAUACUACUGUCCACAGUGCACUGCCAAGUAUUGUGAUCUUCCUGCCGAGUGCCGUGUUUGUGGGCUCAUGUUGGUAACAGCUCCCCACUUGGCACGAUCUUACAGACACUUAUUCCCGCUGAAGCAUUUUGAGGAGGUACCCAUUGAGGAGGAUCAGAGCUUCCACUGCUAUGGCUGCCUGAAGCACUUGACUGUGGCAGCGUCUGAUAAAAAUGUUUACAUCUGCCGGAUAUGUAAGCAAGUGUUUUGCUUCGAAUGUGAUAUUUUCCUCCAUGAGACGGUCCAUUCCUGCCCUGGCUGUGCUUCAAACCCAACAAUAUCUCAGUACAACUCAAGCUAGACUGCUAAAUCAUGAAAUUAUGUUUAGACUAAAUUAACUUAAACACAUGAUCAAAAAGUUUUAUAUUAAUGAUUGAUAAUAUGAUAUUUAUAACAACAUUGAAUGUUCCAUUUUUGAAUUCCAUUCAUCACUGUACAUCAUGGUUUUGUUUGGGAUUCUUACCAGAAUUUUUUUUUUUUUUUUUAUAAAAAGAUACUGUAAGCAAAAGCUGAAAUAU